GUCACGCAAUCCCUUCUCAAAGUCCGGGUAUGAGUCGAGAAACCUGCUAUUUUCCUCAAAAGUACGCAACGUUACGAUUCCAAAGCCAUACGAUAUUACAUGGAACAAGCUAAGUAUCUCACAUAACGGAAAAUAUUUGCAAUGUUGUACUUCUUGUUCACGAAAGGCAUGCUAAUGUUGGGUUUUUGAGCUAGCGCCCAAUUGACUCCCAUUUACUCCUUGAAGGAGAGCUCUCCUUGUCCCAGAAUAGCCCAGAAUAGGCUGCGCGGCCCAUUGACAACGUAUGGGUAAAGUAUACAAUUCCAUCUCCUCAAAAGUGUCUCUGGUUCAGGUUCAGCUCAGCUGAGGGGACAAAUGCAUCAUGCGAUAUGUCUGGCUCUACAUUCCUUCAGAACAUACGGGCUUGUAGCAAAGUUAUAUGUGCGCUUACACGCAACCAGAUGGGAUCACCUACUGUGCCCCACUACGUCCCCAAAAUAUGUCAGCUUCAAGUAAAAAGUAAAAUGAUUCUCAUCCUGUUCAGUGACGUUUUGUUGGAUAAAUAGUGUGGCUGCAGAAGUCUUCCAGAACCAGGUAUGCUCUGGUAUUUUAAUUUAGCAAUAUAGGACAACAUUCCGCUCUAGCAUACCUUUACCCCUAUAUUCUGUAUAGGCUAUUGCUGUCUGUCAUAUAGGCCUAGGGCCCUAUGCUAUGUUUGUCCAUUAAUAAAAGGUUUCACUUUUCCACAUGAUCGUUUCUUUGAAUUCUUUGGCGGUUUGCCCAAUGCUUUGGAUUUGGUCAUGCUAUUAGGUCUACUGAUUUGUGUUUGUUUUAUGUAGUGUGUUGUCCUAGUUUUUUCUAAAGCAUUUAUAUGUGUGUGUUUUCUUCUCUUCUUUUUUUAAAUAUAGGAUGUGUGUGUGCACAGUUCAGCAAUAGAAAAUUAGAAAAGUAAAAAAGCAUAUAUAUAGAAAUAAAUUAGAUUGAUUGAAUUCAAGUGAUUACUGUAACAUACCAUAGCUUUUUUCAAAUCUGUUCAUAAUCAGUAUUCCCGGAAAUGUUGCACAGCACUACGAGUUAUUUUCUCUCUCGCUUUAGGUUUCUGCUGAGUAGGAAUGAUUGUGCCAUGGUAUUUACUGGUUGAUUGAAAUACACUAUCAGUGUAUAGACAGUUUCUAUUUCGCAAUAAUACUAAUCUCUUAUAUUGAUGAAAGACAUUUACCACAAACAAUGGUCCAGAGACCAAUAUCAAAUAGAGGCCAAGCAGUAGCAGCUAAUGUAUUUAUUUAUCCUUUGAUGAGCAGUGAUCUGAAUAACAGAUAGGCUUGUUACCAUAUAGACUCUAUUUUUACAUAGAUAAUGCAAUAAUCCAUUUAAUCAUCACUGAUAUGUCUGCUUUGGUUUUCGACAUGAGACAACACAUAGUUAUCCCAUAGUACAGACAGCUUUAAAACUCACAUCAAUUUAUGUAAACUAGUAGAACUGUAAAAUAGUCAUACAAAUUAGAAGGAAACAAAGACUUAGAAAUAUAUUCGAGAUCUAUAACCCACAUGUGACAGAAAGUGUUAGCAAAGAUGGCAGAUAAAUUAAGAUAGUUCAAUCAGGCCGUUUACCAUUGAAAAAAUGACUUUUCUUGUUAAAGUGAUAUCCCAAGUAUUAAUACAGUAAAGUACACACACUAAAGGGUAAUUAUUAUUAUUAUUAUUAUUGUUUCUUCUGUAAAAUAGUGUUUUUAGACACAAUUGCAAACUUCAAGGAGUAGGGCAUUCAAGGCUUUGGUUUGAUGGCAAGUCGUAAUGUCAUAGGCCUCCCUUUGCUUGAAGAACAAUAUAAUGUUUCUUCAGAGAAAAUAUAUUUGCAGUGAUGAUGAUUUGUAGUUUUUGUUGUGGUUUUUGUAGUGGUGAUGUUUUUUUGUUAUUGUAUUGGAAUUUGAAAUGUAAUAAAAUAAAAAUGAUAAUAAUAAUAAAGAGGCGAAGCGAGGGACAACUGGGACAAAAAUCUAUCUUCUCCCAAAAAUGAAAACAAAAGAGGGGAAAUAUAGAACAAAAGAGGGUAGGCCCACCCCCACAAUUGUGCUAUUUCAUGAUUUACAAGCAUUUCUCUACACCCGCAAUAACAUCUGCUAAACACGUGUAUGUGACCAAUACAAUUUGAUUUGAAUUUAUCUGGACCAGCGAUUGAGAUGUGCCUUUUGAUAAGUAGAUCAGAUGUUAAAUUAGUUGAAAAUAAGACUGGCGUGCCACCCAUACAGUGCCACCCAGUGGAGACAGUACCACAUGUGACAUUACACAGAGGUUUCAAACGGAAGUGUGUUGUACCGAAAAUGUGGCGCGAGACAUAGCCAAUGUUGUGUGUACAUACACGUUUUUUUUUAAGUAAAAACUUAAUCUAAAACAGUUCCAUCCACUGCAUUUAUUAUACAAUUUGGGAACUACGUUGUUUUAUGAGACGGGCGGCAUAGGAACCGGCGUUCAUCAAGGCAAAUAUGCCCCGUAGACGACAGAGUGUGCAUUUGGGGAGCGGCUCUGAUGGGACUGAAGAUUCAGACUCUUCUGCAGAGAGAGAACAGACAAACAGCUCAGAGAGUGAUGGAAACAUGCCCAAGAGAACACGCCUCACAAGAGCAUCUCUACGCCUCAGCCAAAGCUCACAAGACACACCAGAUGUGAAGCGAGUCGGCGACCAUGACGAGUCUCCCCCAUUGACGCCCACAGGCAACGCCCCAUCGUCUGAGUCUGAGCUGGACAUCUCCAGCCCCAACGCCUCCCAUGAUGAGAGUGUGGCCAAAGACCCCGCCCUCAGAGACUCAGACAAGGACCUCUCCCACCGGCCCAAGCGCCGCCGCUGCCAUGAGACCUACAAUUUUAAUAUGAAGUGUCCCACACCGGGAUGCAACUCACUGGGACAUCUUACAGGGAAACAUGAACGCCAUUUUGCGGUUUCAGGAUGCCCUCUUUACCAUAACCUCUCAGCGGACGAAUGCAAGGUGAAAGCAACCACUCGUGAGAAACACGAAGAUGAAUCAAAGGUGCAGGAGGAAAGUAACAGACACGCCACACGACAUCAGAUGCCCACAUCAAAACAGACAAGAUACAAAGAGCAGGUGACGGAGAUGAGAAAGGGGAGGAACUCUGGGCUUCCCAAGGAGCAGAAGGAGAAAUACAUGGAGCAUCGACAGAGCCACGGCAACACCAGAGAACCUCUUCUGGAGAACAUCACUAGUGAAUAUGACCUGGAGCUUUUCAGAAAAGCCCAGGCACGCGCAUCUGAAGAUCUGAAAACGCCACAGGAGAAGCUGCGGAUCCAGGGACAGAUCACGGAGGGCAGCAACAUGAUCAAGACCAUUCUGUUUGGACGCUACGAGCUGGACACGUGGUACCACUCGCCCUACCCCGAGGAGUACGCCCGCCUGGGACGUCUCUACGUCUGCGAGUUCUGCCUCAAGUACAUGAAGAGCCAGACCAUUCUGAGACGACACAUGGCCAAGUGUGUGUGGAAGCAUCCGCCCGGAGAUGAGGUCUACAGGAAGGGAGCCAUCUCUGUCUUUGAGGUGGACGGCAAGAAGAACAAGAUCUACUGCCAGAACCUGUGUCUACUCGCCAAGCUCUUCCUGGAUCACAAGACGCUGUACUACGACGUGGAACCCUUUCUGUUCUACGUUAUGACCGAGGCAGACAACACAGGCUGCCAUCUUGUGGGAUACUUCUCUAAGGAGAAGAACUCUUUCCUCAACUACAACGUCUCCUGCAUCCUGACAAUGCCUCAGUACAUGAGGCAGGGCUUUGGGAAGAUGCUGAUUGACUUCAGCUACCUGCUGUCCAAGGUGGAGGAGAAGGUGGGCUCCCCAGAGCGGCCCCUCUCGGACCUGGGCCUCAUCAGCUACCGUAGCUACUGGAAAGAGGUGCUGCUGCGUUACAUGUACAACUUCCAGGGCAAGGAGAUCUCCAUCAAAGAGAUCAGCCAGGAGACCGCGGUGAACCCAGUGGACAUUGUCAGCACCCUGCAGUCCCUGCAGAUGCUUAAGUACUGGAAGGGAAAGCACCUCGUCUUGAAGAGACAGGACCUGAUCGAUGAGUGGAAAGCCAAGGAGACCAAAAGAGGCAGCAACAACAAAACCAUCGACCCCAGCUCGCUUAAAUGGACCCCACCCAAAGGGACAUAGGCUAUAGGCUCACAAGUUAGCCACUUAAUAAACUUGACUUUCUUCUACCACACCUGCCGGGAUAGGAGUCCUAUCAAUACCACAGUGAUCUUUCUUCUACCACACCUGCUGGGGUAGGAGUCCUAUCAAUACCACAGUGAUCUUUCUUCUACCACACCUGCCGGGAUAGGAGUCCUAUCAAUACCACAGUGAUCUUUCUUCUACCACACCUGCUGGGGUAGGAGUCCUAUCAAUACCACAGUGAUCUUUCUUCUGCCGGGAUAGGAUUCCUAUUAAUACCACAGUGAAAUUUCUUCUACCACACCUGCCGGGAUAGUAGUCCUAUCAAUACCACAGUGAUCUUCUAGCCCUAAACCCAUCCUGUAGCUGCCCCUUACUUGUUUUUUUGUGUCUGGAAGAUCUCCCUUCCCUUUUUACAUUUCAACCUGUAUUUAUAUUUUAGUAAUAUGUCACCAUGUCACCAUUCAAUCAAUUCUUGGCUGAAAUAUUGUUAAACAAUGAAGGUUACAGAAUUUGAGUUGAUGACUUGUUUUAAAAGAUCGACUUAAAGAUGAGCUAUGAAUGUAGAUGCAUCUCGUCUGAGCUCUGACACUAGUGGAUCACAUGAGUGUUUUUGCUUCUUUGUCCACAAAAGAAUAUAUAGCUCUGACCGGCUGCAGCGUUCCUGGCUAUUUUAUUUCAUUCAACACAGUUGCGGUUGUUUGCGGAGACGAGUACAUUUUUUGGGAUAGAAUAUACAAUAAUCAUCAGCAUGAACUUUGAUACCUUAGAUAUAGCAUUUUGUUUCUUACAAGUAUGAGAUACAGUUUCGUUUUGUAUGGUAGUUCUUUUUGAGUCGAUAUCAAAAUUGUAUAGGUCAUGAAAACAACAUUUUUUUUUCUAGCUUUAGUAAUAUUGGAGUUGGUCCCAUUCCUCUUGUGAAUCUGCCAAAUGAAGAAAUAAAAAUAUUACAUACAAGUUCAAA